AUGGAUAAAAGUCAAGUAUCCAUUCCAGUCAAAGGACAAACUGCAACAAGACCUGAAAACCCCACUAGUCUCUAUGCGAGGUUGCCGAGUAGACCACACAGCGAUAUGGAGUUUAUGCCCAGAGGACAUCACAGAUAUCCGUACGGGUAUAGAUAUUUGGAGACUACCAACCACCCGCAUAUGCAACAUUCAAUGCAACGGAGAGAGGCCUUACUGCGUCGACUAGCACACCUGAUUGCAGUUGUUGUAAUUGGUCUAAUAAUAAUCUAUGCUUAUUUCACAAACACGAUACAACGGCCAGUAGUUACCCCAAUGACCAACCCAGAAGGAAUAAUACUGUAUCGAAUACUUGGUAAUGAUCUCCCUCCUCGCCACAAGGCAGGGCAAAUAUUACAGAAUGUACGGUUUAUACUGAACAACGAGCCAAAGUUUCCCAAUACGAGAAAGAUGUGGCUACUAAACAGAAUAGUGGAUGAAGACUACGAGAAUGCACUCAUACAACUGUUGAAUUCAUACGAACAAGAGUAUUUGAGAAUACCCUUCGAAAUUACCGAGUACCAGAAAAAGGACUUUCGUUUAGAGGAUUUCCCAAAAUCAGAUUUCUUCCAUUCUAAUGAUUACUUGCGGUAUCCGAGAAUAGCAAAAUUACGCACUAUCGAUUAUACUUAUGCUGACAAAAACUUGUAUGCAAUGAACAACAAUGGUGGUCGUAAUGUUGCAUUGGCUCAUGGCAAGGAACAGCCCGACGCCCGUUGGAUAUUGCCAUUCGAUGGCAAUUGCUUCCUGACCAUGAAUGCAUUCAAAGACAUUGAAUAUCAAUUGCGAGUCUGGGGCGAACAGUACAAAUACUUUGUAGUUCCUAUGGCUCGUUUACUCAACAACACGGAGCUUCUCGUGGCUCCUGACGUACGUCCACUUACACCCGAAGAACCGCAAGUUAUUUUUAGAAAUGAUGCAGAAUUUGCGUACAACCCAGACAUGAGAUACGGAAGAAGGUCAAAGCUCGAACUUCUCGGCCGAUUAGGAGUUCUCUCCCCACGUAAGAUGAACCUUUCUGUGUUUCCCUGGGAAACAGACAAUUACAAAGACUACGCUUCGCCAGAGAAACGUCUAUUCAAAACGACAGGCUGGGUCUUUCGUUUAUUUUCUGGACAGGCACAACAAGAACAACACCGACGUGAAGCCUAUGGUCUUCGUGCAUUCAACAGAUUGCUUGGAAUUCAAGAGUUUCUUGAUAGACUAGAUGAACGUGUUGCCAGGGAAGUACAGAGAUUCGACUCGAAUAAACUGUUCGUGUAUAACGAGAACGGAUUAAAAGCGGCUAGACUGGAAUACUGGAGUGGAGAAAUCAAAGUAAAGCGAAUAGUGGAUUUGCUGAUCGAGAAGGCUGACGAAAUGGUCAAUGCUGCUAAGGGACGUUUUCAAAGGGUAAAACCGAACGAACAAGACUAUUUAGUAAUGGAAUCAAAGGAAUUUUCAGAGAGUACGUCACAUGAUAAGAUACACGCAAACGAUGGGUGGAAGUAUUUUGAUUUAUUAUCGACAGACUACCCAUCGACUUCAGAGUUGUUUGAGAAUGUGACCACUCUGGCUCUGGCCAAUUACUUCACCAACGACGUUCGUUACGGUAGAUGGUCGGCUAAUCUUAUCCGUGCCUAUAUGCUUUCAUCUUACUCGUUAGAUGGUCGAAACGAUACGAAGGUAAAUCUUAACCUAACAGACGUAGAAGCGAUCAAUGACCAAGGAUAUUUGUUUCCAAAUCUUCACGGAGUACCGCGCUCACUACCAAAGGUAGACAGAAGGGUGCUGCCUACUCAUGAGGAUAUAAUGACACUGAAUCCUAGUUUCUUCCUUGACGGUGUACGACUUUUGUACAAACAGCACACAUUAUCUCACGGCGAGUACACAACUAUCAAAGGAAUAGCGUCACAGUGGUUAGAAACAUUGAUCGCCUCUCCAGAAGGUCUCAGAAUGAAUCGACUCGGUGAUCACAGAAGCACGUUGUAUGAUUUACAAUUAGCCUCGCUGAGUGGAUUCGUCGAUGAUAUUAGAUUGUACUUGAGGGUAAUUAAUAGAUGCAGGAUGAAGAUUGGCAAGCAGUUCCAAAUGACAGAGGAAUUAUCGGCUUCUGUUCUCCAACAACCAUACGAACUGUCAUACGUGGACGAUCUGCUGAUGUCUGGAGAGAUAACGUCUUCGGAAGUAGACGAAUAUCAAUUCCAUUAUUCCACGCUCAAUAUAUAUUAUUGGCUUACUCUGAUAAGGGGAGUACAGAAUUAUGAAGUUGGAUUCGAUAUAUGGCAUCAUACAGCAAAACGAGGGCAGAGGUUGAGUAGGGCCAUAAUAGCUCAUUUCAAUCAAUAUACAAAUCAUGUAUCAGACGGGACAUUGAUACCAAUGUUGCAAAUGGCGCAGACGGCUCACAAGAUUAGCGAUGCCAAGAGAGGCAUAUGGCACGAGCAUGGAGACGAGCACGAUUACUAUCAACAUUUCUUGAAACAAAUAGGAGGCAAGAUGAACGUAUUCUUAGAUCAGAGACCAGGAGAUGAUGGAUGGGAAAAAGAAUUAAGCAGAAGGAUAGGAAUAGGAGAGUCCGCGAGAUGGGAUGGGAUCAUUCCAUUCUGGAUGUUUGGAGUAGCAUAA